AUGAACCGGUACACGACCAUGAGACAGCUGGGGGACGGCACGUACGGGAGCGUGCUCAUGGGCAAGAGCAACGAGUCCGGGGAGCUGGUGGCCAUCAAAAGAAUGAAGAGAAAGUUCUAUUCUUGGGAUGAAUGUAUGAACUUGAGAGAAGUUAAGUCUCUGAAGAAACUUAAUCAUGCCAAUGUGAUCAAACUGAAAGAAGUUAUCAGAGAAAAUGACCAUCUUUAUUUUAUAUUUGAAUAUAUGAAAGAAAAUCUCUAUCAAUUAAUGAAAGACAGAAACAAGUUGUUCCCUGAGUCUGUCAUCAGAAAUAUUAUGUAUCAGAUAUUGCAGGGGCUGGCAUUUAUCCAUAAACAUGGUUUUUUCCAUAGGGACAUGAAACCGGAAAACUUGCUUUGUAUGGGCCCAGAACUUGUGAAAAUUGCUGACUUUGGACUUGCGAGAGAACUAAGGUCACAGCCCCCGUAUACGGACUAUGUGUCCACCAGAUGGUAUCGCGCUCCUGAGGUUUUAUUAAGAUCUUCAGCUUACAGCUCUCCCAUCGACGUGUGGGCUGUCGGCAGUAUAAUGGCUGAACUGUAUACAUUAAGACCACUUUUCCCAGGGACAAGUGAGGUCGAUGAAAUCUUUAAAAUUUGCCAGGUUUUAGGGACUCCUAAAAAAAGUGACUGGCCAGAAGGGUACCAGCUUGCAUCCUCUAUGAAUUUCCGCUUUCCCCAAUGUGUUCCUAUAAACCUAAAAACUCUUAUUCCCAAUGCCAGUAACGAAGCCAUUCAGCUUAUGACUGAAAUGUUGAACUGGGACCCAAAGAAACGACCAACAGCAAGCCAGGCAUUGAAACACCCAUAUUUUCAAGUUGGUCAAGUAUUAGGCCCCUCCUCACAUCAUUUGGAAUCAAAACAGCCUUCAAAUAAGCUUGUGCAACCACUUGAACCAAAGCCAUCUGCAGCGGAUCCAGAACCUCAGCCUCUGCCAGACAUAAACGACCAGGCUGCCGGACCUCCCCAGCAGCAGAACAGCCACCAGCCACUGCGGCCUAUCCAGCCGCCGCAGAACGUGGGUGUCCAGCCAGCACCCAAACAGCACAGUCAGCAGAAAAGGCCGCCAACCCUCUUUCCAAGUAUCAUCAAAAGCAUGCCCACCAAGCCGGGCGGCGCCUUGGGCCACAAAGGCGCCCGGAGGCGCUGGGGCCAGGCCGUGUUCAAGGCUGGAGACGGCUGGGCAGACCUGGAGGACGGUGACUUUGGAGCCUCCCAUUCCAAGAAGCCAAGCAUGGGCUUGUCCAAGGAGACGAGGAGAAAGGAGUCUCCGUUUCGGCUUCCAGAGUCGGUGCCCGCGGGCUCCAGCUACUCAACGAGGGAAAACAAGAGCUUACCUGCUGCUGUUACCCUGAAAUCGGAUUCGGAACUGUCAGCUGCUUCCACGGCCAAACAGUACUAUUUGAAACAAUCAAGAUACCUUCCUGGUGUAAACCCCAAGAACGUGUCCCUGGUUGCCAGUGGAAAGGAUAUGAACCCAUAUGUCUGGAACAACCAGUUGUUUCCUAAGUCACUGGGAUCCUUGGGGGCAGAACUUGCUUUCAGAAGGAAUAACGCAGAAGAAAGCAUAAUCAAACCCAUUGAAAAGCUAUCAUGCAAUGAAAGUUUCCCUGAAAAAUUAGAGGACCCACAAGGAAAUCUUGGAAGUUAUGCUCCUUACAAUCAGUCAGGAUAUAUUCCUUCCUUUUUCAAAAAAGAAGUGGGGUCAGCUGGCCAGAGGAUACACUUAGCACCGCUUGGUGCAACAGCUUCAGAAUAUCCCUGGAACACCAAAACUGGUCGGGGGCAGUUUUCAGGACCUACUUAUAAUCCUACAGCCAAGAAUCUAAAUAUUGUGAGCCGUGCACAGCCAGUGUCCCCCGUGCAUGGGAGGACAGACUGGGUGGCCAAGUAUGGAGGCCACCGGUAG